CCGGAAAUGAACGCCUAGCACUUCCGGUGCUGAGAAAAAUGAUAACAGUCGCAAUGCAGUCAAGACGGCAGACGGCAAUAGCUUUUUAAAAACUUGCUACUCUUCUGGCCGUCUUUUGUGUUUAUUUCUUAGUGGGCCAUGUUCACAACAAGCAGCUGUAAUGCUUUUUUCCUCCUGGUUGUGUUCUGGGGUGCCCCGGAGUCUGUGGCAGCCUGUAGACAAGAAGCGGAGACUCCCGACUGGCGAAUGACUCUUAAAACAAUUCGUAAUGGCAUCCAUAAGAUCGACACUUACCUUAAUGCGGCGCUCGACUUGUUUGGCGGCGACGACGGCUUGUGUCAUUACAGGUGUAGUGACGGAUACAAGCCGGCACCCCGUCCCGGAUACAAGCCGCCCCCACCCAAUGGAUGUGGAACACCACUCUUUGGCUUCCAGUUUCAGUUCGACAUAGGCAUCCCAUCCAUGACCAAGUGCUGCAACCAGCACGACCGUUGCUAUGACACCUGCGGCCGAGAGAAGCAUGACUGUGACGAGCUAUUCCAAGAGUGCCUGGAGACCAUCUGCAGGAACGUGCAAAGGACUCUGGGAUUGACCCAGAGUGUCCAAGCGUGCGAGUCAGCUGUGACUCUGCUGUUUGACGCCGUGAUGCAUUUGGGAUGCAAGCCUUACCUGGACAGCCAGCGGGACUCUUGCAUAUGUCAGUACCAAGUGAAGAAGGAGCUAUAACGAUGCACCAGGAGCCAAACAAACAUAAGUAGUAUGGAUGGGAUUAGGACAAACUCCGGAAGUAGAAUGUUGUUUUUUUCUCAGGAAUACUAGAGCUGCUGCUCCCUUUUUUCUUUUUUCUUUUUUUGAAGACGGCGGACUCUAUAAAUACUCUUAGCUUUGAUUGAUAACCUGUAAAAAAUUUGAUAUGCAUUUAAUUAUUUAUGGUUGUCUUUGCACUGUUUAAUAGACUGGUCCAACUGGUGGUUGGACUGCAAAUUUACUGUAUUUUCAACCCUUUAUAUAGGGAACUGAUAGAAAUAAAAUAUAAUAUAUACGUCCAGUAAAUUAUUGUAAUACAUGUCAAGUAUUGAU